AUGGCGGAUGCAAAGUCGUCGGAGCCGGUACCUCUUGACACCAUUCCAGUCUCGCCCAACGGCCCAAUGACCGAUGCCACCAACGGCGCCACCAAUGGCGACAAGGUCGUCACGGUCUUCGAUGAUCCAGCCAACUUCAACGUGAAGCAUCAAUUGCAGCAUGUCUGGACCCUGUGGUUCACCAAGCCACCAAACGGCAAGCAGGAUUGGAACGAGCUCCUCAAGGAAGUCAUCAGCUUCAACAGCGUCGAAGAGUUCUGGGGAAUCUACAACAACAUCACCCCUGCUUCCGAGCUCGCGCAGAAAUCCGACUACCACCUCUUCAAAUCUGGCGUGCGACCAGAGUGGGAGGACCCGCAGAACAAGCACGGUGGACGUUGGCACUACACUUUCAAAAACGGCAAGGCGAACGACGAGGUCUGGUUGAACAUCAUGCUGGCUGCCAUUGGUGAGAUGCUUGAGGACGAGCCUGACAGCGAGAUCAUGGGAGUGGUCAUCAACAUUCGUAAGGCGUUCUGGCGUGUAGGUCUUUGGACGCGCACCGCCGGUCAGCCUCCAAAGGGUCGCAAAGACGAAGGCGCGGAUCGUGAGGAGGGCAAACGGCGCCUCGAGCGUAUCGGCCGGCGCUUCAAAGAGAUCUUGAAACUUCCCCCACAAGAGCAGAUUGAGUUCAGCGGGCACGCUGAUUCGGCUCACCAGGGUAGCAGUCGCGCCAAGGCCAAGUACUCGGUUUAA